GUGACGAGACACUGCGCGCAUUGGAUGCGCGGACGAGCGUACGCGCUUCUGACAGAAAUGGCUACCACGGAAGUGGAGCGCAGACGAGGUCAGCUGGCUGCUUUGUCCAUAGCAGCAGUGGUCAUCCUUGUGGGAGUCCCACUGUGGUGGCGAACGACUGAAACGUACCGAGCCUGGCUACCUGUCAGUCAGAUACGACAGCUGGCCAAACUGCAGCUCCAGUUGAGUGCAGAUGUGGAGGUCGUAUUUGCUCGUGGCACCGUAACGCCCGAGCAGCAGAAGAAGUUCCCGCUGACAGAGACACAGGAGGAGGAACAUGCUGUCGACGAAGAUACAUCUUUGAGGUACAGGUAUGAGACCAGGUACCGCACGGCUACAAUCAUGGAGGAGGACGCCCUGAACAAACCCACUGCUGCAGAAGCUGAUCUAUCUCUGCACACGCUCAGUGAGAGUCCGUGUGGUUCUCUGGUUUUAUACGUGAUCCCAGAGUCAUCCCAGUUGCUGCCUGAGAAUAUAAACGUAUACGUUGGCCAGCGUCGAACUGCCCUGCUUGGUGUCGGUACCCAGACGGCGGUGGGUAAGACACUGGAGCAGCUGCUGGCUCAGCUGGAGCCUCGCAUCAAGCAGGUGCUGCGGGUCAUGUCUUUCAGCCACACGGACAUCACCGCUGCCCUCAGCGACAGAGUCCGCUUCAACCCCAGCAGCAAAGAGAGCAUCGCUGACAGUAUGAGAGCCUUCAAAUCCAGUCCAGGUUAUGAGAUAACGUUCAGUCUGCUGAACCCCGACCCAAAGUCACACCAGCUGCAUUGGGACAUCGAGGGGGGAGUGCAGACCUACAUCCAACCUUUACUUACAAAACUUUCAUCUGUGGCCAACUUUAGCAUAGACUCUCAGACACUUUACUAUGCCGUGCUCGGUGUGAACCCUCGCUUUGACAACAACCUUGGUGCCUACACGCUAAAUGCAGACAGCCUCGCUCAUGUCAUCAACCCAGUGGAGGCCAGACUAGGCUCAAACGCUGCGUCUUCCAACCCCGUUCUGAAUUUUCUUCUGUACGUCCCGGAUGCUCAUCAUUCACCUCUUUACAUCCAGGAUCACAGGAAACAGGAAGUGCCCUCUAAUGCSUUCCACUCUCCACGUUGGGGAGGAAUAAUGGUUUAUAAUGUGAACAGUUUUUAUGGCCCAGAGGCUGAGUUCCCGGCUGACAUCAACAUAAACAUGGCUCAAGUCAUGGGGGUGUUCCUCGCACAACUUCGACUGCUGCUGGGUGUGCAGUCGUCUCCUCCUCCCCACGACUUCCUGGUCGCACCAUGUGGCAGGGCAGGAAUAGCUGACUGGGAGCUGGACCGUCUCAUGUGGAGUCGCUGUGUGGAAAAUAUUGCAACGGCGACCACAACCAUCACGUCUCUUGCACAGCUGCUGGACCAGAUAGGCAACAUUGUCAUCAAUGACAACAUUGCAGAACAGGUAUCCAGUGCUGUCAACUCUCUGCAGCUGGCUGUAGCAGAGCUGGAGGCCGGAAACCUCAAAUUUGCUCUGGAGUUCAGUAAAGAAGCCAUCCUGGCUUCAGAGAAAGGCUUCUUUGAUCCUUCACUCCUCCAUCUCCUCUACUUUCCUGACGAUCAGAAGUUUGCUAUCUACAUACCACUCUUCCUGCCCAUGUGUGUGCCCAUCCUGCUGUCGCUGCUCAAAAUAGCAUCUGAGGCUAGACAGAAACYUAGAGAAAAGCAAAGCAAGAAGGACUGAGAAGAUGUACAAACACCAUGUUAGGAACAAGAUGUUUUGUUUUUAACCUUGUUGUUUGGGUACAUAAAGUGUAAAAUGAGGUUGGGGCUUUGGAUGUCAGUCCUGCAGUAUUUUGCUCAGUUAAAAAUGGGGAUUUAUGUUUGUUUUACGAUUUUAUUGAAAGACUACUGUAAUUMUCACUGUACAGUUUAAAGCUUGAAUUCUUGUAAAUGUGUGCAAGUUUUAUAUUUAUUCCAAUGUUUCUGUUCAUAAGAAUUAAAGACUAAAGUUAUAACUUGCACUUCAGCUUUUAUGGCAACCCUUUUUGAACAGAACAAAAUGACACAACACGUAACUAAAUCUGAACUAAAUUGUGUGACMUGUUAAUGCACUUCUUAUUGUAUAUUUUUAAAUUAUAACAAGAAUAUAUCCUAAUUUAAGAUUUUGAGCUAUGCUGGUUUUUUGUUGUAUCUGUUCUUAUUGUAUCAUGGAAGAAGAGCAUAUUCUAUCUUUCACAAAUAAUACUAGCUUAUAUUUUUUGACUCAUUGCAUGUAAUAUUUAUCAGUUAUGUAAGAUGCUUGUUUUUCUUUUUAAACGGGAUCAUUCAUACCCAUUUUUGUUCAGAAAAAAAGCCAGUUUACAAUUUUAGUUGGUGUUAACUGGAUAUYAUCAUGUCUGAAGGUUACUUGAGGACCCACAGGUACAGAUGUCUGAAUUUCAUGGGGUACUGUACAAUAUUUGGGGCUCAUUGAUGGAUGGAAGUCACCCAUGUGUGGCCAAACAUAUGUGGCCCAUCCCUGGCUUAGAUUUUACAAAGUCUGGUUAAGAGCAAACAGGUUUUUUCACAAAGGGUCCUGAAUGAGGCAAAGUGGGAAACUUCUGUAGUUAGACAAAUACAAUUUUUUAUACAAUAGAUGCCAUUCCCACCAUAGUAAAACUUGAGAUGGAGCCUGUUAUAAGUGCUAAGUCWGCCUCUCUGAUGAUAUGGGGGUUCAUUGGUUCAUCRGGCAUGGGCAGCUUGCAGACUGAACUGGCCUGCCUGCGGUCCAGAUCUGUUACCACUUAUAUUUUGUGCAUCAAUAAAUAAAUAAAGUCCUUCAAAAAAGACCCAGGACAUUUGAAGAUCUACAUCAGACAAGAAUGGGACAACCCUUCAAAAACUCCAGCAGCUGAUCUCUUCAAGACCUUCACAUAAAGUUAUAUAAAAAGAGGGGGUGCUUCACAGAGAUAAACGUCACCUACAUUUUUUAGAUGUGUUGCUGCCAUAAAAUUCAACAUUACCUUUUUUAUUUCCUCAAAAAUGUUAGUUUAUUGGCUUAAUAUGRARAUGUUUACUGUGUUCCAUUGUGCAUAAAAAUGGGUUUCUGAGAUUU